GGUUCCUAGCCGAUCUCUGAGUUAAAUUGACACACGACAGACCAACAGGAGAAAAACUAUUUUAAUUACGUUUGUACCUGAGUCACACAGAAAUAGUGACUCCAGGAAGGGCCUGGAGGGCUGGAAGGAACAGGGCGUGGGGCUUUUGGUGGUGGGUGGCAUGUCCACCACACCUGCCGCAUUUCCAAAGGUGGAUGUUUUUACAGUCUAUGUUCUCACUUGUUCACACUUAGUUUUCUCCUGUUUUGGGCAGAGUCUUGCUGUGUAGCCCUGGGUGGCUGUGAAUUCAUGAUUCUCCUGCCUUAGCCUCUGGAGCCGGGGAUUAGAGAUGCGUCUCACCAUACACAGUCACUUUUUCACUUUCAAAACCUUAAAGUGCUUUCAUUUUGCACUCUGAUUUAGGCGGUGUUCAUUUUGGUCCUUACAGCAGUGGGUGGGGUCGGGGAGGGUGUCUCUAGGAGGCUUUGCCUGCCUUAGAGAAAGUGGCCUGAUUAUCAGCUUAUGCCACAAAGUGAGAGGUUCAUGCUUCAUCUCGGGCAACCGAGGCAAAGUUAAAGAGGCUCUCCCGAGUAGCUGGUUCUAAGCAUUCAACUCGCCCAAGAGACCGAUUUUGGGAUGACAUGUUCUGAACCCCUUCACCUACAGGUGCUAUUAUCCCAAGUGGAUGGUUUUACCCCUCCUCUGUUUCAGUUUUCUCAAUCAGCAAAAACGGGACUCUUCACCUGGGAAUCGUUUCCUGUGAGGAUUAUAUAGUAACAUUCACAUUUGUUUUUUUGCCAAGCAUAUGCUAGAUUAUAUAUGUAUUCUAUAGUAUAUCAACAAACCAUCCAUAAGGCCUAAAUCUGCCGGCCAGCGCAGCUUGACACCCAGAACCUUGUCCAGUGUUGCUUAGUUGCGAGGCAGAGUAGGACCUCAGGACCUUCAAGAUCCUUUCUCAUCCUGUCUGAAGUCACUCCCUAAGGAAAGGGCUCAGUCCCCGCACCCUCCUACCCCUACUUCUUUUGGUUGAGAUAGGAGCUCACGAUGUCCCAGGCUGACCUCGAACCUCUGAGUGCUGGGAUUACACACGGUGCCACUGUGCCUGGCUUUGGCACCCUGACUCCUGGACCUCAGGAUGCUUGGGGGGGGGGGGGUGGUCUCUGGACGCUGGGGCAUCCUCCAGAGCUAGGCUGGCAUUGUGGAGUCACCCUCCACGUUUCCUUGGCAACCUAACCGGAGGGGACGGGCUGCAGGGCACACAGUCCCCCGAAGGCUGCGGAGGGACGCGGGUCCUUUGGUGUCCUGGAGGCCACCGCAGGGCUGCGCCAGCCGGUGACUUCCCCCCAAAUCGACGGCUCCGGGCCGGCCCAUGGCGGAGGCGCGGGGGCCGCGGCGCGGUGGCGUGCAGCACGAGCUGCUGGAGAAGGUGGCGCGCCUGCAGCGGGGCGCGCGGCACGCGGAGCCGGAGGUGGCGGCGCGCAGGGCGACGGGCGACGGCGGCUCGGGCUCGGGCUUCUGGUGCUGGCGGCGGCUGUUCGCGCGCGGGGCCCGCGGGGCGCGCCGGAGGAAGGGCAAGUUCGCGCGGCCCGGCGCGGCGGCCCCGGAGCGCGGCGUGUGGGGGCCGCCCGGGCUGCAGAGGCUGCUGCAGAGGCUGGCGACGUGGCGCCGCCGCUACCUGCGGCGAGGGGAGCGACCCGAGGGCCUGGAGGAGAUCCCGCUGCUGGUGCUGGACCGCAAGCAGCGGGCGGCCGCCGACUAGGGGCGCCCCGGCCGGCCUCGCCAGCGCGCGCAGCGGCCUCGGGUCCCUUAGGCUUUGUAAACGAGAGCAAGAAGUGAAAAUAAACCUCGCGCUGUAUGAAUGAAAGAACGCGGAUUUGGGGGGGGUGUCUCUCGGGACCUAAGCGCAUCCCAGGCGCACGAGAGGGAGGCAUCGGCUUGGCUGAGUGCAUCCGUGAAGUCACUUGGAGCCUCCAAGCCGGUCCCCUCCCUGGGCAGCGGAUGUAGUGUUGUCUCGACACCUCCCUACCACUGCCCCUGCCCCUGGGGGGUGUGGAAUCGCAUCGCCAUCCUUGAUUUCAUUGGUUUAUAAGGCAGAUGUUGAACAAACACUGCUUUUUAAGGUUUAUUAUUUGGGACCUUAGAGAUGGCUCUGUGGGUAAACCUGGGACCCUAUGUAAAGGUGGAGAACCAACUCCACAGAGUUGUCCUCUGAUUACCACAUGCAUAAUAGUAAUACUAGGUAAGAAUCAUUAUUCUUUCACAAUUUCAUGUCUACACACACACACACACACACAUACACACGUGCGCACGCGCGCGCGAUUGUAUGUUCACCUCAUACGUCGAUCAUAUCCCUACCCUUUAUCCUCUCCUUCUCCCUCCCACUCUACGGAAUCCUUUUCCUCAAGUCCCUCUUUCAUCUUUACAGGUUCUGACGAGCAUGCAAGCCAAUCUUAGAAGCAAGA